AUGAAACUCAUCGCCCUCUUGACUCUCUGUGCGGUGAUCCUGUCCCCCGUGACUGCCUGCUCCAACAUCCUCGUGUCGCCGGCGGCUUCAGAGGACGGCAACGUUCUCAUCGGUGCAAAUGAUGACUCGGCAAAGCGCUUAGGCGCAGUCACACACUUUCCAGCACAGAAGCACGGCCCUGGGGCGAUGCGCCGCAUCUAUCACUUUGAGACUGGCGCGCUGAGCGGGCAGAUCCCGGAGCCGAACGUCACGCACAACGUUAUGUCGCACGCCAAUGAGCACGGCCUCGUCAUCGCAGAGACGACGCAUGGCGGCAUUGCGCGCCUGGCGGGCGGCAGCGAGGACCUGCUCGACUACGGCUCGCUCAUAAUGGUGACGCUCCAACGCGCAAAGACGGCACGCGAGGCGGCUCGCAUCACGCAGUUCCUGCCGUGCGACGACCCAGACUCCUGCAUGAUGGCCCCCGACGUCCUCAUUUUUGCCGUCGCGCGCGGACUGUGGAACGGGUCCACCAGCGACCCCACCUUCAGCUUCUCGGAUGUGUAUGAUCCUGUCACGCCGACGGGCGCGCGCUUCUGCGACGCGCGGGUUUGGUACAUCUUUCGCGAGCUCGCCGACCCCGCCGACUUUGACGCUGAGUACUACCUCCCGUACGCCCGCGGCUUCAACCUGACGCGUCGCAUGCCGCUCUUUGUCCGACCCAGGCGGAAGCUUCGCCGCGCGGACGUGCACGCGCUCCUCUCGUCAAAGUACGAGGGCUCCGAGCUCGAUCCGAGUCUCGACGGCGUGCCCCCGCUGGUCGCCACCACACGCCAUCGCCCUGGCGCGGAGGUGCCGCCGCCCGUGCGGGCACUACUGUGGUGGGGGAGCGACGAUCACGCGUGGGCGCCCAAGGUGCCCCUGUUUGGCGGCGCGACAGCAGUGCACCGCGCGUACGACGACGGCAACUGCUCUGCGCGGCUCGCCUGCCGCGCCGCGCUCGACCUUCCCGGCUCGGUGCUCACGUUCUCAUGGGGCUCGGCCUUUUGGGUCAACUCUGCCGUCGCGCGGCUCGUCUAUCAAGACUAUGAACGCGCUUCGGCCGUUGUCGAAUGCGCGCGUGAGGCGUUCGAGUCGUGGGCCGCGCCGAAGGUCGAGUCGGCGGACAAAAAAGCGCGCCGUCAAUGGGCAGCGGGUGAUCCGAGCGCGGUGAGCGCGACUCUGACGGAGCUGGCGCUGGCAGCCGGUGCAGAGGCGAUGUCAAGGUGGGAGAAGCUGUGGAUGGACUUGUUGGUCACCUUCCAAGACGGCAACACGGCCUCGGCAGAUGCGCAUGACCUAUUGUGCGGCUGCGCCAAGGCAUCCGCAGUCUAUUCGACCCGUUGGCUGCAGAAGGUGGUGGACGAUGCCGGCGACCAUUACCGGCUGCCAAGCAAGGAGUGCGCCUCGAUCGACGCGGAUGGCCAUUGCCACCCCGAGACCACAGCGCCGCAAAAGCCCAGCUCCUUCAACGUGUGGUUCGCGCCCGUCCCACCUCGGCGUGCGGUAGCGGCGUCGAACAUGGCGCCGAUAUCGAAGCUAGAGGUGCGAGGCGUCAUGGGCUAG